AACGUACUGCAGCAAUGGCAAAGCAGGCUAAUUUUGUGGGUCUAAUGCUGCUCUGCGGCUGUGCCCUGUUCCUUGAGUCGGCGGCAUACCCGGCCGAUAUACCGCCGAAUCCUGUCCAGUAUAGGCGCACUGUUCGUCACCGGCCGUCCGCCAAGCAUCCCGAGCUGGAGGUGUAUGAGGUGCGGGAGAUUUUCGUCGUGCGUCGCCCAACGCCGCCGACCAAGAAGAUCAAACAGUUGAAUGACAUUGAAAUGGAGGAGCGCAUACUGUGCGACUUUCAGCCCACAUUGCCAAACUGCGCCAAAUUUCGCACUAAUCCGGUCAGCAGUUGGCGCAACGACAGAUUACCAACAUUCACAUCAAGAAGAACUACGACUACAACGGAUGCCACAACGACUAGUAGCACCAGCACCACCACCACCACCGCUGCCCCCACCACCAGCGACCUGCCCUUCCUGCCAGAGCUGCCCAGCCUGCCGGACGGGUCACCUGAACUGACAACGGUGGCCAACGAAGAGAAGGACUAUGAGCAGAAGGAAGACACGUACGACAUUAACUACGACGAGCAGGACAACGAGGAUGUGGCUGACGACACAGAAAAUGAAACCGAUCUGGAUUCCACAGACUAUCUAAAUCCCAGCGGCAGCAUUGGCGGCAACGAUAUGACCAAAUAAAGCCCAUCCUCGAUAGCUGCUGUUUGCCAAUUAUUUAAUAAGCUCAACACGAAUUUGAUUAAUCUCUAUAUAUAUAUGGAUUUGUAUGGAGCAAUGCCACCAUGCAUAUGUUUACCCCAAUCAAUCAUGUGUAAUCGCUGACAAGGCAAGACAAGGCGAUGCAGUUGACUUCUUUAGACUUUUCGACUAUAUAUAUUACCUGAGUCGAAAUUUUAUACUCUACGAUUUUAGCGUAUUAUCAAUAUAAUUAAUGAUUUCAGAAUUAUUUAACCGUCUUAUUUCUUUAUGCAACAUUAGAAGAG